AUGGACCUCGACGCUGCCCCCGUAGGGCGAGAUGUCCAGGUGGUCGACCCCGAAGUUCGCGCCCAUAUCUACAGUCUCGUCACCGCGCUCGGCGGCUUCAAUGGCGAAGAUGCAUCGAAAUACUGCUUGGGUGAUGACGCCUUGGCCUGUUUGCGCGAUAUCAAAAAAUGGCUCAGGCUGUACGACGACAAGACGAAUCGGCUGGACGUGGCGCGUUGCUUAGGAGAGUCGAAUCUGGUGAAUGGCGAUUUACUGCCUAUUCUUGCACACUGGCGCGAGAACAAUGGUCAUACCAAGAAGCAUUUGACGAGAAUUGCACUGGCGUGUUUGGAAUUAUUGGUCCCAUUGACCUGGCCAGUGGAAAUUCACAGCCAAAUGACCGUCAACCACCACCGCCACACCCCAUACCUACAGCAAUCCCAGGUCAACUACAAGCGAGGAAUCCUAGACAAAAAUGCUGGCUUGGAGACCCUGCGAGCCGUUAUUCAAAUUGGCCUACCGAGUUUGGCGCUUUCGAGAUCCGACCGAACGAACAGGGACGAGGGAAUUUUGAAGCUGAUGCUAUACAUUUUCCGCAAUGUUGCCAUGAUUUCACCACCCAGAGGCCUGGCUGCUGAGGGAGACGAAGAAGAAACGUCGAGAUCUGCAACCAUAAACGCUUUUCAAGAGCAGGAUAUUUUCGCACUUCUACUCACCAUUUCCUCCAACAUGGGAGACGAUUUCAGCUUCCAGGACGUGAUCCUCCUAGAGAUCUUGUUUCACCUCGUCAAGGGUAUCGACGUGCAAAAGUUGUUUAUGAAUGACGUCCAGCGCAGUGUUAAACGAAAGGACGAACUGAGCGAUCUGCUCCGGAAAGAAACCGGCGUCAAGAGAGAGUACUCGAAGAAUGCACCAACACGACACGGACGUUUUGGAACCAUGAUAUGGGUGAAACGAGACGACGCAAAAGUUUCGACAGUCUCCGGCCAAGACGUUUUGAAAGACGGACAGGUUGCUCUCAAUAAAAUGGACCAGACAAAAAAGUGGAAUCGCCCCAGACAUCAUGGCCGCAGACAAGAGGUUGAGGUCGCCAGUGGGGAUUUUAAUUUAACAACACAUCUCACGUCAACUGCAACUAAAACUCUCCGCACAUUUGUGGAAGAGUUUUUGGAUACAGGCUUUAACCCUUUAUUCACUCAUGUCAGAAAAGCUAUCGAACGUGAAGCAGACAGAGUACUCGACAUCCACACACGGCAGUUUCUUUACUUGGUUUCUUGGUUUCUCCAGGCAGAGCGUGUACGCCACAGCACCCGCCGGAAAGAACAUGAAAAAAACAAAGGCACUUCUAGAGAAUUUGAACCGGACAGUUACUCUAUUGUUGCGAGUGUGCUCAACCAAGAGACAUUUGUUUUCUUGAAUCGAGCCAUGCAGUAUAGUUUCGACCAGAAAGAUUGGCAGGACCUGAAUGCCAAUAUGCGUUGCUUCACCCAGAUCCUGCUAACGGUCCAAGAGAUGGCUGCAUCGCCUCUUGAAGAGGAUCAAGAAAUUGCCGAGAACAUUCAGAACCGUAUAUUUUACGAGGAAACAACACACGAUCGAAUUCUAGCAAUGGUAAGAGGUUACAAUGAGCAAGGGCUUGGAUACCUUGAUGCUUGCACGGAACUUUUACACGUUUUCGUGAGAAUGCUUGAGAACUAUUCCAAAGAGAACGUGGACAUGCAGAUUCGAUCCAAACGAAGAGCAAGACGAGCAGCCAAAGAAGCCUCUGAAAAAAAUGGCACAGAAAAUGACGAGGAGAACGCAUCAGAAAACGAAGACAUUGCAGACGCUGCCCGGGUCACGAGAGAAAGAACAUUUGAUUUUAAACGGUUUGCAGCCAGAUUUUGCAACCAAAAGACCAUCGAUACCUUUGUGAAAUUCACCACAUAUUAUCGUGAACUUGAUGAUGAGCAACUAAAGCGAGCACAUCGAUUUUUCUAUCGAGUUGCUUUCAAGCAGGAGAUGAGUAUUCUUCUCAUGCGUGUCGAUAUUUUGAAUAUCUUCUAUCGCAUGAUCAAGGGCCCUGGUGCACUGGAUAAUUCCAAGCCCAUCUACCGAGAUUGGGAAGAACUUGUGAAACAGCUGACUAGAAGGAUGACUAAAAAACUCGACCAACGGUCUUCUCUUAUCACAGAAAUGCUCUUUAGCAAGAUCAACUCUACCCUCUAUUUCCUAGAAUACGGCCAGGAGAAGCAAACGAUAUCUCUCGGCGCCUCAAGAGUACCAGCUGAGCUGGAAGUUCACCCGCGCGUGGGAACUUCACAAGACAGUAAAUUGAGCGUGAUUGUUGCAGCUCUGAUCAUGGAUGGCCGAGCCGAUAUUGUCAAAUGGAUAAGCGAGCUGCUGGGAUCAGCAGCAGCUGAACGUAGUUCUUGGGAGGCUGGAGUCGAAAUUCGACGCCUAGAAUCUCCCGAUGCGCCAGAGUCUCCUAGUCCUACUAUAGAUGUGAAAUCCAACGACGAUUCAAUGCGAACAGCCAUGUUCAAGAAUGGUAGGCUACGUUUACUUAUGCAAUUGAUCGGACUGGAACGUUUGGGUACAGAGGAUAUCAUGGGCGCUUUGUGGAUAGUUCCCUCGUCUCUGACUUCGACGGAGCUGGGGGAUAUCAAGUCAAUCAUUGACAGGGGAUUACAAAACCCGGUUACUGAAUAUGAUGGGCUUGACCCUCGACAACAAAUACGACGCAAACCCACAGCGGAACCAAAAGAAACAUUUCAGACGACAUUGGGCGUUACCUUUGGUUCUGAUUCUGAAGGAGAAGACGUGAUCCCAGACGGACCGCUCUUUCCUCCGAAUAUACGAUCCAAGUCCAACGCACUCGAAGAAUUAAAAAAGAGUAGACGGAAACGGCAACGUAAUGAGGAUAAAGAGCCUUUGGACGAAGCCACUCUGGACGAACGCCGGCGUAACCGCGAAGAAAACGCCAGGGCACGAAAUGCCAAAAUCAAGAGCGAUCUCUUUGUCCAUGAUAGCGACGAAGAAUCCGACGAGGACGCUGAUCGUGAGUUUUUCGCGCAAGAGGAAGCCAUCAGAAAGACCCAGGCCCAGCGGAUCCGAGAAGUGUUGGUCUCCAAGGCACUGGAAGAAGAUGCUGCUCUGGAAAUGGAGAAAGGGAAAAAGAAAUCGACUCGGAAAUCAAUUAGCAUCAGUGAUGAUGAAGACGAUGAAGACGAUGACGACGAACACAGCGAUACUGAAGUUCGGAAAAAACCACGAGUUUCCCGUGGCGGGUUUGAGAUGGACGAACCCGCUGAUGAUCACGACGAGGAUGAUGAUAUUUUAAUGACAGGGCUCGGUGAGACGAAUGCGUCUUCAAAGGGAGCCUCCACGAGCCAAGGUUUCGGUGAACACGAUGAUACCCCUCCCACAUCAGCGGAGAAUGACGAGUGGGACCUUGACAAGGAGCUUAACCUACAUAAGGAUCUAGAUCCUUCUACAACUCUCACCGAUGAUGACCAGGACGAGGAUGACGCGCCGGUGAAUAGUAGUCGGCGGAGGGGACGGGCUGGCUUUGUGAUUGAAAGUGACUCGGAGUAG